AUGGAGACGGGGAUCGAGAUGGAGACGCCGAUGGAGACGGGGAUCGAGAUGGAGAUGCUGGGGAUCGAGAUAGAGAUGCUGGGGAUCGAGAUGGAGAUGAAGGGGAUCGAGAUGGAGACGGUGGGGCCGGGGAUCGAGAUGGAGAAGAAGGGGAUCGAGAUGGAGAUGAAGGGGAUCGAGAAGGAGAUGCUGGGGAUCGAGAUGGAGAUGAAGGGGAUCGAGAUGGAGAUGGUGAAGGGGAUCGAGAUGGAGACGCCGAUGGAGACGGGGAUCGAUAUGGAGAUGAAGGGGAUCGGGAUCGAGAUGCAGAUGCUGGAGACGGGGAUCGAGAUGGAGAUGCUGGGGAUCGAGAUGGAGAUGAAGGGGAUCGGGAUGGAGAUGAAGGGGAUCGGGAUGGAGAUGAAGGAGACGGGGAUCGGGAUGGAGAUGGAGACGCAGGAGACGGGGAUCGAGAUGGAGAAGGGGAGGAGGAUGGGGAUCGAGUUGGGGAUCGGGCUGGUGAUGGGGAUGGUGAUGGAGAUGGAGAAAGUAAAGAGACAGAAACGGAGACAGUAG